AUGACUCUUGCACAGCUGAAGGAAGCUGAAGAUGAAUUUGAUGAAGAAGAUAUGCAAGCUAUUGAAACAUACAGAGAGAAGCGGUUACAGGAAUGGAAAGCUCUUAAGAAAAAACAAAAAUUUGGAGAAUUAAGAGAAAUUUCUGGAAAUCAGUAUGUGAAUGAAGUCACAAAUGCAGAAAAAGAUGUGUGGGUUAUAAUUCAUCUAUACAGAUCAAGCAUCCCAAUGUGUUUGUUGGUUAACCAGCAUCUUAGUCUUCUAGCAAGAAAGUUUCCAGAAACUAAAUUUGUUAAAGCCAUCGUGAAUAGCUGUAUUCAACACUACCAUGACAAUUGUUUACCAACAAUUUUUGUUUAUAAAAAUGGUCAGAUAGAAGCCAAAUUCAUUGGAAUUUUAGAAUGUGGAGGGAUAAAUCUCAAGCUGGAAGAACUUGAAUGGAAGCUAGCAGAAGUUGGAGCAAUACAGACUGAUUUGGAAGAAAACCCCCAAAAAGACACUGUAGAUAUGAUGGUAUCUUCAAUUAGAAACACUUCUAUUCAUGAUGACAGUGAUAGCUCCAACAGUGAUAAUGAUACCAAAUAGAGAGAAAUAUUCAGUAAAUAGCUUUUAGUAUAUGUGUACUGAA